GAUAUUUGUGGCAGCAGCUAAACCCCUUUUCUUUCACCCGAAAUCAAGGGAAGACUUCCCUGGGUUUUUGUCUUCCUCUACAUAGCACCACAUUCCUGAAUUUUUAUGUUCACCAAAAAAACAAGCCCCACUUUCAGUUACUGCUCCAGCACCAACAACAACAAAGAUCUAGAGCCAAGGAAAAAGGGAACCGACAAGCUUUGUGUUUUUAUCAAUACAUCUUCUACUACUCUCAGUUUCAAAUGUCAAAUAUGUCUGGUGAUGAUGAUGGAAGCUUCUCUUCGGGAGAGGAAGUCCAACAGCAGAAACAGCUGUUGCAAAACAACUUUGCUGCCUCUGGUUCAGGACCUUCUGCUGCUUCUAACAGUAAUAAUGGUUCACAGCAAGCUGUUAAGAAGAAGAGAAAUUUACCAGGAACUCCAGAUCCGAAUGCUGAAGUUAUUGCUUUAUCACCAACAACCCUUAUGGCAACAAAUCGAUUUGUAUGUGAGAUAUGCAACAAGGGGUUCCAAAGGGACCAAAACUUGCAAUUGCAUCGAAGAGGUCACAAUCUUCCAUGGAAGCUAAAGCAAAGGACAACCACUGAGGUCAAGAAACGAGUGUACAUAUGCCCGGAACCGACCUGCGUCCACCACAACCCGGCUCGUGCACUCGGAGACCUUACGGGGAUCAAGAAGCAUUUCAGCCGUAAGCAUGGUGAGAAGAAGUGGAAAUGCGACAAGUGCUCUAAGAAAUAUGCUGUGCAAUCUGAUUGGAAAGCUCAUCAAAAGACUUGUGGUACCAGGGAAUACAAAUGUGAUUGUGGAACCAUCUUUUCAAGGAGGGAUAGCUUUAUCACCCACAGGGCUUUCUGCGAUGCAUUAGCUGAAGAAAACAACAAGGUAAACCAAGGGCUAAUGAACAACAUGGGAUCAAACAUGCAAAACCAAAUGCCUGAGCUUAUAUCAUCAAUGCAAACGAGCAAUGGAAUAUCCGAUUUAGGCAACUUUGACCCGAAGUCCCCACUCAAAUCCCAUCCCCAAGAACUAGUGCCAAUGCCGUUUAUGUCCAUGAACAUGGGAGGAGGCAUGUUUUCAAGUAGCUCGAGCAGUCUAUUUGGCGGCCCGAGAAGUGUUUCCUCGGCCUCCUCUAGCCUGCAGCUUAGUUCAAAUAGCUCAUCUGGACUCAAUUAUUUGCAGGACAGCAAAAAUGGUUGCCCAAUCAUGUCGGCAACAGCCUUAUUACAGAAAGCAGCACAGAUGGGUGCAACUGCAAGUAAUAGUAUAAACUCACCCAUGAUGCAAAAAAGUUUUGCUAGUAGCAUGGCAGGCCCUGAGCAGACCAUUAGACCACCAUCAUUCGGUGGAAUUCAGCAGCAGAACACAUCUUACGAUCACUUCCCGUCCCAAACCGAUCAGACAAGCAUGGUUGGGAUCAGCGAGGCCGGAGGAUUCUCCAACCCGUUCAUGCAGAAAAGCCCCAGUGAAAUGGCCCAACUUUUCACAGCUGCCACCGGAAGCUCAGCAAUGAAUGAAAUGGGAAUGUUCACUAACAUGUUCAUUAACGGAGCUGACCGAAACCAAGUAGGCUUGAUGAAGAGCAUGGAACAGGAAGAUAGUGGUAGCUCUAGCUUGUUACAAGGAAGAACUCAGUUACCAGCAGCAAUGUUUGGAACAAGCAGUGGCAAUGGAGGAAGUAACAUGACGACCCUUGAUUUCAUGGGGAUUGGAGGGUCAAGGCCAAACAGUUUACAUGAGCAGCAGCAACAACAACAACAAAGAAUGGAACUGGAAGCAAUAAGCCAACAAAGACUGCCAAUGAUAAACCCUUUCCACCUGCAGCAACAGCUCUCACAUGGGGAUUCAGCUAUCGAAAAGCCUAUAUGGGAAGUUUAAGAGCUACAGGUUCUUAUUGAGAUGUUCUUGCUCGUUUAUGGUGACGACGCUGAGAUGGCCACAUUGGUUCCUUCACACCCGCUUUAUCCGUCGACAAACUAUGGGGCCUUGAAUUUUUCAGUUCAUUGAAUGAAUUAAGGAACCUAAUUUCUGCACUGUGAUAAAAAAAGAAAAAUAACCUGGUUUCUACCCAAAUUUUCUUAGAAGUUUGAAACAAACAACAAAUAUGAAGCACCUUUUGUUUUGUAAGCUAGUUACAGCACAGCCAGUUUGUAGUUUGUAGUUUGUACUGAGAAAAAGAAGAGCCGAUACAAGAGUCACUGUAAUCUUAAAAUAUUAUACGACUUGUUUGGACCUCUUGCCCUUGGAAA